AGUUAAAAUAUGGGAAAGCGCAGGUAGAACGGAAAGUGUAGCCUAGCUGUACUUUUAUACGAUCGAUAUUUGGCUCGUGCCGGUUCUUUAGAUAUAACAAGUGGGUAACUUAGCGAUAAAGGAAAGAAGAUCCAUCACUGGUUAAGCUGAAAAAACAGGCCUUUUGAAUACCAGCCAAAUUUAUCCGGGCUUCCGCAAUUAAAGAUGGUAGUGUCUCAUAGCGGUAGCUAAUAGAAACUUUGGCCUUGCACGUGACACAUGUUGGCAGGAGCAAAAUGUACCGAGUAGUGCAGAAGUAAUACGCAUAAACACUUGUAAACCUUGUAAUAUGUCGGAUGGAUUCGUACACUCGGUGAAAGUGCCGAGAAUUUACAAAAUAACAGCCAAUAUCGUGCGUUGCGUCCAAGAGCAAGGAGCCAGUUUGAAGGGUCUCAUUUAUGAGAAAAAGCAUCCUAAUGUGUCGGGUAUCUAUGCUCUGUCAGUAAAUACUUUGAAAGCCGGCCUCCAGUUGGAUGUGCUCCUUGAGAAGACUCAGAUUCUUACAGAACAGCCACGGUUGGACCCUUGGCUGACUCGAGUACUGAUAACGGAACUGCUGUGGGGCAAAAAGCAUCUGCAUGGUCCAUCUAAACCAAUUCAAACCAUCCUAUCGUACGCAGAUUUGUUGCAAAAGGAAUUAGAGAAUCUUGAGAGCACAAGAUCCUCUGCGACACCUAGAAAAGUGCAAAGACCUAGAUACGUGCGUGUUAAUACACUUCUGUUAUCAAUCAGAGAAGCAAUCUCCUUGUUUAAAGAGGAGGGAUGGAAGUUAUUAACUAAAAGUGAAUCGUACUCCUCAUAUUUGCAAUCUUUAGCGUUGCUAUCGGAACCGUACUUCUUGCAAGAUUUUCACGUACCAGAAGUACUAGCUUUCCCUUCAUCGACAUCUUUUUACGAUCAUGCCGGCUACAGGAAUGGCAAACUCAUCCUCCAGGAUAAGGCUAGUUGCUUGCCAGCACAUCUACUGGAUCCCAAGGAAAAUUCUCACGUGGUGGACUUAUGUGCUGCACCCGGUAUGAAGUCCACACACUUGGCGGCGAAACUGCAAAACAAAGGGACGAUUUAUGCCGUGGAGAUUGACAAGAGGAGAUUCGAGACUCUGCGUGAGCAGAUUGAGUUAACUCAUUCUUCCUGCGUGGAACCUCACAAUCAAGAUGCUUUGACUUUCAACCCUAAAGAGUGCCACCGCGUACAUUACGUUCUGGUCGAUCCUAGUUGCUCUGGAUCAGGUAUUAUCGACAGGCCGAAACUGAGCAACGUAGACGGUGAAGUUGAACCGGAACGUCUGCAAAAUCUGCAAUCCAUUCAAGUUUAUCUACUCAGAUAUGCUCUCUUGAACUUUCCGAAUGUGAAGAGAGUGAUCUACAGCACUUGUUCUGUCCAUCCCGAGGAGAACGAAAAAGUGAUUGACGAAGUUCUCGGUAAUGUCGGAGACGCUUACCGCCUGGUAUCGAUUAAAGACAUGCUAAAAGAGAACUGGCUGAAUUUCAGUUCGCCGGAAUAUCAAUGUGGCGACAAAUGCUUGUAUUCGAAGCCAGACGUUGAUCUCUGUAAUGGCUUCUUCGUGGCAAUGUUUGAAAGAAAUUUCGAAGUGCCCUUACCGGAGUGUAAACGCAAGGGAGGUAAUGCAAAUCUCGACCGAUCAAAUUUAAACGCUGAAGAGAACAAUAUUACGGAGAAUGACGGAAAAAUAACGAAGAAAGUGUCACGCAAGAAGAAAAAGCGCGGCAAGAAGAAACAUAAGAGCUCAAUGAUUGAUGAGCAAACGGAUGAAACAUCGGGGCAAGCUGGUGAAUUUGAGAAAAAUGUGGAAACGAAGAACGGAAAAGUCGAUGAACCAGGAGAUGUUAUUGAUAACGAAAAAGCAACACUGAAUGAGUCGGAAGAUACACCACAAACUGCAAAAUCGAAGAAGUCGAAAAGGAAAAGGAAAUUAAAUGAUAAUGAAGAUGCGUCUCAAGUAGAGGACAAUGAGAAAAAUAAAGAAACAAUAGAAAUCUGCGAUGUUGAAGAAAUGGAGCAAGAUGAAGAAGUUAGUAGUACAUCGUCAAAGAAGAAAAAGAAAAAGAAGGAAAAGAAGGAACAUGAGGAAGUGGUGGAAAUUGAUGAUGAUGUUAAAAAAUCAAAAGAGGGGCAAACUGAGUCAGUGAAGGAGAAAAGGAAAAAGAAAAAUAAAAAAGUUAUAGAAAUCGAUAAUGACGAAUAGAAGAAGAAAUAAAAUGAAC